GACGAGGCUUCUUUCAAGGACUUGCGAGCCAAGGAGCUCAAGCAUGGCAGAUUGGCGAUGAUGGGCGCGCUCGGCAUGCUAACGCAGAGCUUGGUGCAGCUGCCCGGAAUGGAGGGCGUGCCGAAGGACAUUUCGGCCUUCAGCACAGGGGCCGGUCAAACCGGCUUCCUCAUUACCAUCGCCAUCAUUGCGGUGUUGGAGGCGGCUGUCUUCGUUCAGGACGACAGCAAAGAGCCAGGCAACUUUGGCAAUCCCGUGCCUCUGGUUGGGGAUGACUACUCCGCUGAGAUGCGCAACCGCGAGAUCAACAACGGCAGGAUCGCCAUGUUUGCCGCCCUGGGCCAGAUCGCAGCUGGCCUCUACACGGGCAAAUCCGCCAUUGAGCAAUUCGGGCUUUGA